UGCGGCUGUCGGGAUGUAAGAAGCAAUGGCGACGGUCGAGACGAUUUUGGAGGCUUGAGUUGAGCUGGAUUUGACCAAAAGAGGCGGAUUAUAGGCUUGAAUCCCUUCAUGUCCACCUAAAGUGGACUGAAGAUGGAAACUGAAGUGUCCUCCUUUUCAAACGUCCUCUCAACCCCCACUCCACAGACUCUGACCAGUCAGGCCAACUUGGCAGCAAAACAGCGAGACAGCAGGAAGUCCACAUCCACAACUCCUGCCUUUCUCUCCAACCUGGGACGGGCCACCUUGCGGGGCAUUCGCAAGUGUCCUCAGUGUGGUGUCUACAAUGGCACCCGUGGGCUCAGUUGCAAGAACAAGGCCUGUGGGGUGUCCCUCCGAAAUGCUUCAUCGACGGGUAGAAGCAGCAAGAAAUGUGCUGUUGAAGUGGUGAAAGUUAUAAUCGACAGUGAGGUGAGAGGUGGGAAAGAGCAGGAGGGAGAAGGGGUCCUGGGCAGUGGCUCGGGUGGCGGAGUGCAGGUGUUCUCGGUGUGUCACAGAGGAAGAGCCACAGCCGCACAGUGGGGCUUUGUCGAACUUGUUCCCACAGACACUGCGAUAGCCACAGGGGAUGGGCCCACACUGCUUACCCGCAUCAACCUGGGCCGCUGCUUUUUGCCUUCUUGCAAGCAGGGUCAAAGGUCAAAUCAGGGUGAAUCUUCUGCAGCCAAACAGUCCUCCGAGAGCCUUUGCAUCCACAUCAAGCAAGCCAUAGAGUGUCAGCGCCAUGCCGCCCCGCUGACGUUAAAAAGCUCCAUCCUGGAGGGUUUGAAGGCCUCCAUUCAAGUCAAAGAGGAGCUGUGGCGGCUGGCCACAGAGUCUCCGGGGCCCCUGGUGCAGCGUGUUUCUAAAGACACGCUGGUGGUGAAGUGCCACACGGACUCUCACCAUCCUCUGGGGCUGCUGCAUCUCACUGUAGGUGCAGGGGGACCAUCGUCAGAGGCUUUAAAGAGUGAGAGAAGCCUUUUUCACUGUGCCUGCCAGGUUAACACGAGAAGAAAUAAAGCUAGUAUUGAUGGAGCAGGUGGAUCGGCUGGCUCUCACCCUCCUCCCAGUUCGUUCACAUCGCAGCCCUGCCUUCACUUCUUCGCCUGUGUGUGUGCCUUUGCAAGCGAUGAGAAGCUGGCUUCAGAGUUCUCAGCUUUCCUCAACUAUGCAUCCAGCGGUGUGCAGCAAAAGGUUUCCGGCAGAGUAAUCAGUCCCUGUGAGAAACCUCUGCAGCAGGCCGAACCCGUCGGCUCUCAUCCCAGAGCCAAGAAACUUCACCUGGAUGAAUCCGUCUCUGCCCCCUCAGUGGCUUCUCCCUCUCGGGUGGGGAAGGAGGGAGUGUUGGCCUCCGGCCAGAGGAAAGUCGGUCACAGGAAAGCCCCUGGUGCUGGUGGGCUGAAGGCUCCAGGGAGCGCGCAGGCCGUGGAUGAGCAUACGGUGACGAUAGGCUUCCAUCAGUGGCUGGCAGGUGUCACAGAGAGGAUCCACCAGACAAUGCACUACCAGUUUGACGGGAAGCCAGAGCCUCUGGUCUACCAUAUUCCGCAGGACUUCUUCAACGCUCUGCAGCAACGUCUGUCGCUGGGAUCCAAGAAGAGGAGACUGCCCAACUUCACAACAGCUUUUGUGAGAAAUGAUGGCCUUCCUCAGAGCUCUUUCUCCAAGUACACCUGGCACAUCACCAAUCUGAUGCAGGUCAAACGCAUCUUUGACACUCCUGAGUUGCCGCUGGAGGUCACUCAGAGUUUUGUAAAAAACGUUGAUGGUUCCUUCUCACAUUUUCGCUGCCCCGAGCCUCCACCUGAGCCGGAAUUACCGGAAGGAUGCAAGUCAGAUCGGCCACAAGUGAUACGACCAAUGGAGCUCCGCACGUUCCUCAAAGUCGGAGCAGGCACUGCAGAUCAGAAGGAGACCUGUCCAUUUGUGAUUGACUGGAUCCCUGACGUUCUGCCCCGCUGUCACAUGGGAGAGCUCAGGAUCAGCUUUGAAUUUGGCCACCAGCAGAGCGGCCAGCCUGAGUGCUGCGAGAAAACGAGUGCAGCAGAGAAGGGAGGUCGUAAUAAGACAGACGGUCCUCAACACAAACUCACAAACGCUGUUGAAAUUCUUCAGGUAGUUGUCUAAACACAACAUGACAUUAUGUGACUCACCCAUGUGUUAGUAUUAUGCAAAGUGUGGAUAAACAAGUGUGUUACACAAUAUGAUAUAGAUCAGUAGAAAGCUAGACUGUAGUGGACUUCUCAUUUUAAUGAUUAUUCCUUUAUGCAAAAUAUUUACAAUAAUAAUAUUAAAAAACAGAGUUUAUUUUUGAAACAUUCUAUUUUUUAACUUUGUAAGAUUGAUUAUACGAUAAGAACGUUUUAACAA